ACUAACACCAAAAACUGACGUUUUGGCGUUCGUCCGUUACUCGUUUGUUACGGUGUUAAAGUGUUAUACAAUUUGUAUUCUUAUUCUUGUAUUUGUUAAAAUGAAAAGAAGCUAUCAAAGUGGGGCAAAGAAAAGGCAAGACAAGAAGAAAAGAGAAGAGGAUGCUUCAAAGUGUUCUUCCACCCUAUCUGCUUGGUUAUGUCCUACUACUAGUACUACUACAACUAAAAGUACUAAUGUCACAUCUACAUCUAGUACUGAAACUAGACCAAUAAUUGCCUCAGUCCCAGGAAAUGAGAUUGAAGAGGAAGUUACAGCUCAAGAUAACGCUGAAGAAAGUAUUGAUGAAGAAGUAACAUGCCUAGGGCUAGGGCAUCAACAAGAAAAUUGUGCCAAACCUCCAACAAGUCCUACGUCAAGCAGUGAACUGAUCGGCGUAAAUGAUCAAGUGGAAUGUAGCCGGACGAAUAAAAUUAAUGAAACUUGUUUAAACACCGGAGAACCCCAUUUUCCAGACCAGAUCAUCGAUCCAGAGGUGAAAAAACGAAUUAUUGAAUUAGGACUAGGACCCUAUCAACCAGUUGGCCCAUUUCCAUAUGAUGGAAAACAAGGUAGGUCCUUUUCAGAAAAUUAUUUUACCCUGAAGUCAAAGUCUGGGCUCAAACUGAAAAGAACUUGGUUGUGCUAUUCGUCCAAAUUGGAUUGUGUUUAUUGCCAACCUUGCUGGUUGUUUCCCCAGAAAGGACCUGUAGGAGGAUGGGAUUCAGGAUUAAGGGACUGGAAACAUUUGUCUGAUCGCAUAAAGACACAUGAGAAUUCACAGCACCAUGCUGAUUCCUGCUUGGUUUAUGAGCAAUGGCGACGUCAUGGCUCAAUAGACGAUGCACUAGAAAAAGGUUUGAAGGAGGAGCGGAAUUUUUGGAGGAAAGUUUUGAAGAGGGUCUUAGAUGUCUCCCUAAUGUUGGCAACAUGCAACCUUCCUUUUCGUGGAGACAGUUGGCAUAUCACUGAUAGAAAUAAAGCACAAAAUUGGCAAAAGGCGCCUAAUGAAGACUCAGAAGAUGGUAACAUUGAUGAGCCAGAAGAUGGAAUCUUUUACGGCAGGGAUCAAGAGAAUGACAAAGUAAAAAGUUUCAAGGCCAAAGAAAACAAGAAAAUCGAAAGAAAUUGA